AUGGCAAAAGUAGGAGAAGGUGACCCAAGAUGGAUUGUUGAAAAUAGAGAGGAUGGACAUAAUGUUAAUGGUUGGCAUUGGUCAGAGAAAGAUUGUUUACCAUGGAGUAAGAAUACAAUUGGUGGAUUAUUCGAUAAAAAGGUUAUUCAAGAAACAGAUGAAUAUACAUUCAAAAUCUCAUCAACUCCAGUUGUUUCAGGUGAAUGUACAGCAAAUAAUCGUAAAGGUAAAACCAUCUUUUUAUAUGAACUAGAUGUUAAAAUGAAUUGGGAAGUCGUUUUCAAACCUAAAAAGGUUUUACCACCACCACCAACCACUAAAUCUAAAGGCGCUGCAGAUGAUAUUGACGAGGAGGAUGACGACGGUAAACCAGCAGAACCAAUAAUAACUCAAAAGAAAACCAUCUCUGGUGAAUUCACAGUACCAUAUAUUUCCGACGAGAAUGGUGACGAAGCCCCAACUGUAAGAUACACUAUCAAUACCACUGCCGAUAAUGAUGAAACUAAACAAUCCAUAAACAUGGUUCAAUCUUUACUUAAGUCACACGGUGUACCAUUUGUACAAUCACAAUGUCAAGAAUUUAUUAAAUUAUUAAAAAAAGAAUUUGUUUCAAAAAAACAAGUUGAACAAUCACAACAACAACAAACUGCCAACACUACUACCAACACUACCACCACCACCAAUACAGUACCAAAGGUAACAUCAUCAACUGUUAUUUUUAAUUCAACACCAACUAAAAAACCAACUACUAAAACAUUGAAAUUAAAAGAAGAAUUCCAAUGUUCACCAAUGGAUGCAUAUGAUGUAUUUGUAAACAUUAAUAAAUUAAGAGCAUUCACUCAAAGUGAUUGUACUUUUGAAAAUGAAGAAGGCGGUAAAUUUUCAUUAUAUGGUGGUAGUAUUCAAGGUGUAAAUAAAACUUUAUCACCAGGCUCAAAGAUUGUUCAAACUUGGAGAUUGGAUAAUUGGAGUAAAGGUGUCGAAUCUCAAGUUACCAUUACAUUCAGUGUUGAUGGUAAACCUUUAACAAAUGUUGAAAUCGUUCAAACUGGAAUUCCAAUUGACGAGUUUGAAAAAACUGAAGAAGGUUGGAAGAGAAAUAUUUUAGAUCGUAUAAAACAUACUUUUUCUUACUCUUCUAAAAUCUUUUAA